AUGACCACAUACCAAACUCCCGACCCCCCAAACUACACCCUAUUCGACGCAAUCCUCGACUGGGGCCACCACAACACCCACCAAAUCAGCGAAGCCCACCUCUCCAAAGGCGGCUGGGAAGGCUGGGCCCAAGAAGAAAUGCGCAUGCUCUUCAACGCCGGCCGCGAAGAUAACUGCUACCAGAAUAACGCCCGCCAAGCCGCUGACAUCGUCCUAACGCCGGGUACAUCUGGUGCGGAAGUCUUCGCCCAACCAUACGUUGACGAGGAAUCUGUGGUGAUCGAGUUGAAGUGCGAGAGUUAUUGGAAUGCGCAGAAGUUCCGGAGUGAGGUGAAGAAGGAUAUGCAGAAGGUUAAUAGUGGGGUUUUUAGGGAGAGUUUGUUGCAGCGGGGGUGUAAUGUUUAUUGUAUUGCGUUGGCGAUGACUGGUGAGGGGGCUUAUGAUAUGGAGAGUUUGGGGUUGGAGUUGUUUGAGAGUAAUGGGGGUUUGGGUGCGCCGUUUCAGGUUUGGUGGUUUAUGCGACGGUUUGAGGCUGAGGAAAGGAGUGAGGAGGAGGAGGAUGGGGGUAGUAUGGAUGAGAAUGAUGAGGAAGAGGAAGACGAAGAUGAUGAGGGGGUUGACUUUGGUCCUGAUGAGGGUUCGUCUGAUGAGGAAGGUGAUGGAUAUGAUAACGGAUAUCACAAUGGAUACCAUAGUGGACAUAACGGAGGAUGGGAUCUUCAUUAUUAUUAG